AACAGCUGGAAGUACACUUAUAAUAUUUUUUCGACCAAUUUUUCAGUUUUAGAUCCCACGUAUUUUUACUAAUAAAACGAUUCGAUUACGUCAACUUCCCCGGAGUUUAACGCGAAUAAUUAAAGCGGUUUAAUCGAAAAGAAAAUCCCAAACCCAUCAACAUGACGGAGGACAUGUUAGCAGACAUCUGCAGGGUGUGUAGAUCGGAGGGUCUGGCAGACCGUCCCCUCUUCCACCCCUGCAUAUGCACAGGGAGCAUAAAAUGGAUUCACCAGGAGUGCCUCGUCCAGUGGAUGAGAUACUCCCGAAAGGAAUACUGCGAGCUCUGUGGGCACAGGUUCUCCUUCACUCCGAUCUACAGUCCAGACAUGCCCCGUCGUCUCCCAAUCAGGGACGUUGUGGGUGGUCUCGUCUCCAGUAUCGUAACAGCAGUCAAGUACUGGUUGCACUACACCCUAGUGGCCCUCGCCUGGUUGGGCCUGGUUCCUCUGACAGCCUGUCGAACGUAUCGGGCUCUCUUCAGUGGGUCCCUCGACCUCGUUAAAAUAAUGUCUCUUCCAAUGGACAUGAUAUCAACAGAGAACAUCUCCUCAGACGUGUUUCACGGUUGCUUCGUAGUAACUUGUACUCUAUUCGCCUUUAUCGGCCUGGUCUGGUUGAGAGAGCAGAUCCUUCAUGCUGGUGGUCCAGACUGGCUGGAGCGAGACGCCCCUCUCCUUCCAGCCGAUGUUAAUCACCCUGAGGCACCCCAGCUCGAGGAGGCUGAACUGCUAGAGGUGCCCCAGCCCUUCGGAGGGGCAAAUGUCAGGGAGAAUAACAACAUUCCCCCAUUCGUAGACGAACCUCCCAGGCAGGACAACGAGGAGAAUCACCCCUUGUACAGAGAGAUUGGUGACAAUAAUCCUGACAAUCCUGGGCUUGACAACAUCAAUGAGGAAGAGGGACAGAGGGAGGAGCCAGCCGCUCAGGAGGAGCCUGCUGAUGGCUGGAGAGCACAGGGGCAGGAUCAAGUUCAAGCUGGUGGAGAAGCUGAAGAAGCUAACUGGAAUCCCAUGGAGUGGGACAGACCUGCUGAGGAGCUCACCUGGGAGAGACUCCUGGGGCUCGAUGGCUCUCUCCUCUUCCUCGAGCAUGUUUUCUGGGUCAUCUCCCUGAAUACUCUGUUUAUCCUGGUGUUUGCUUUCUGUCCAUACAACAUUGGGCAUUUUACUAUCAUUGGACUUGGAUUACAAGAACACGCUGCUGCUUCACACUUUGAGGGCCUCGUCACCACUCUGUGUGGGUAUGGGGUUAUUGGAGGGACUCUUGUUGUACUUCAUACACUCGCUGCACUCUUUGGCUUCCAACGGUCUCAGAGGAUUCUGGGGCUCUGCUAUGUCGUGGUGAAAGUGUCACUGCUGUCUGUCGUGGAGAUUGGCGUUCUACCACUUGUCUGUGGGUGGUGGCUCGACAUCUGUUCGUUGGCCAUGUUUGAUGCCACUCUCAAGGACAGAGAGUCCUCAUUCAGAAUUGCACCUGGGACCUGUAUGUUCAUCCACUGGCUGGUGGGCAUGGUUUACAUUUACUACUUUGCAUCGUUCAUUUUGCUACUGAGGGAGGUCCUCAGACCCGGAGUCCUCUGGUUCCUCAGGAAUCUCAAUGAUCCUGAUUUUUCACCCAUACAAGAGAUGAUUCAUCUUCCGAUUUUGAGGCACGCCAGGAGACUCGUUGCUUCAGCUGUUAUUUUUGGUACUGCAAUUUUACUCAUGCUCUGGCUACCGGUGAGAAUUCUCAGGUGGGCAUGGCCCGGAUUUCUACCGUACACUGUCACUGUCCAGACUGAGGCUCAGGUAAUUACGCCGAAUAUGAAAUAUUCUUUUAAGGUGAGUGAGCUAUCGUUGGAGUUACUCCUCCUUCAAGUGAUCCUCCCAGCUUUGCUGGAGCAGUCUCACACUCGAACAUGGCUCAAGGCGAUCAUUCGUGGCUGGUGUCAGGCAGUGGCCUGGAUGCUGGACCUCCAAUCGUACCUCCUGAGAGACCAGCGAGAGGAUCAGGACAACGCUGUAAUCGAGGAGCCACAGCAUGAUCUGGGAGCUGCGCACCAGGCGGCUGCUCAGAUGAGACACAGGGGUGGCCCCCCAGGGUAUCAACCGUAUACAAGAUCCAGAUGGUUCCCAGCGAGACUGGUUGGACUGCUGCUCUGUGUCUGCGCCUCAUUGGUCAUUGCCAGUCUCAUUGCCAUGACAUUACCUGUUUGGUUGGGAAGGAGGGUCAUGGCUUUGUGGAUGGUGGGAGCUCCUGCACCAUCACCACCGGUAUUACCACCUGUAGUGCCAGUUAACAGUGUUGGCGAUACAAUGGUAGUGUUUUCAGGACGUGUUCACGAAAUCUACACAGUAGCCUGUGGCACCUACGUGUGUUGGGCAGCGGCGCGUGGCCUUGCCCUCGCCUUCUCCUGGCUACCCCGCGGACGUCGUGCAAUUAUCGAUAGAAUAAAACACUGGGCAAUCGUCAGUGUGCGUGCAUCAAUAGCUUUCAUUCUUCUAGUCGGUGUUAUUCCACUGUUAUUCGGCCUCCUCCUCGAGCUAGUUGUGGUAGUACCCCUUCGUGUUCCACUUGAGCAAAAUCCGAUACUAUUCAUCUGGCAGGAUUGGGCACUUGGUGUUUUAUACACAAAAAUAGCAACUGCCAUCACAAUGAUGGGACCCGAGUGGAAACUCCGUACAGCUAUUGAGAAAGCGUAUAACGAUGGUGUCAGAGAGAUGGAUCUCAAAUUUGUCAUCACGGAAUUAGCAGCACCUGUUAUCUGUGUUUUUGGCCUUGCACUUGCUAUUCCUUAUGCCAUUGCUUAUGGUAUUAUACCACUAUUUGUCACGAAUUUACAGACACAGAUACUGAUUGCACGGCGACUUUAUCCAUUUUUAUUACUUAUCAUAUCGGUUUGUGUAUUGAUAACUUUUCAUAUUCGACAGUUUAGAAAAUUGUAUGAGCAUAUUAAGAAUGACAAGUAUCUUGUUGGCCAGAGGCUCGUCAACUACGAGCAUCGAAAUAAACAGCAGUCUCAGAGGUCGAGUUAACGAAAUACUUGAUGAGUUACGACUUUUUUUUUUUAUUAAAAAUGAGGACUCAGACAUUUUCCACCAACUGUUUGUUAAAUAGUAAGUUCAUUGGGUGAAAGUUUAUACUUUCUGGCCGAACAAUCCAUUAUGAAUAUCCAGUGCGGAAUUUCGAAGCAAGAAAAUGCAGGGGAAACGAUCAAAUUUGAAAUAAUGACAUCAAACUCUUUCUUAAAAUAUCUGAUUUUGAGAUUUUUUUAAAACACGUCAGAGGAGGAUUGUAAAGGGAUGAAGCUCUGGCGGUGUAGCUGGAGGACUUGAGUUAACUUCGUGUACAUUCUUAUCCUGUCAUGCUUGAAAAUUCAGGAGAAAACACAAAAAAGGGAUUUCAUAACUUUAUGUUAACCAUUUCAAUUUUUAAUAAUUCUAAUAUAUUUAUGUAGGUGAUGCUGAAUAAAUCAGAAAGACUGUGUUUGUUUUCCAAUUUCGAUUUAUCAUCAUUUCGCUUGAUUUAAAAAAAAAAGGAUUAAUCGAAUAACAACAAUUUUGAGGUUCAAAAAGUUUUGAAAUGUGAGGGAAUUCAAUUUCAUUUUGAUCGCACAACUGCAGUGUUUUGUAAUGAAAUAAUGAUAUGGAUAAAUGAUAUGAUAAUUGGGCUUCAUAUGCUCGAUUUACUCCCUGAUAAUUUAGAAGAAACUAACUUGAGAGAAACUUCCAAUUCUAGUAUUGUCUUAAAAAAAUUAAUAUUUCCAUUUGCUGCUCCUCAGUUAUGUAAGCUGCGUAUGUAAAUCAAUUAAAACCCAGAUACAUCACGAGUUAAUUAUGAUCAAAAAUCCAUAGUUAGCCCAAUUAUCGUAGAAUAUUUUUGUCGAAAUUUAUUUAUCGUAAACAACAAGGAAGUACAUUGAAAAAAAUUCAAUAUGUGAUCUAAUUGAAAUUUAUAUUAAGCAAUGAAAAGUCAAAAAUAGGUAAUCAAUUGAAUGAAUUUUAUCUAUAUUUACUCGGUGAGAGGAUGAGACAUAAAAUGAAACGAAAUUUUUGAAAAGUCACUGGAAAUAAAGUAGUUGAAACAUUUUUGAAUGGAUAUCAUUUUUUUCUCCUUCAUAGACGUUAGAAGGAAUAAUUUCUAAUGAAAUUGUACAAUUAGGUACAUGGUUUAUGUAGAAAAUUAUAUUCCCUCGUGUACAUAAAACACGUAAGUUCAAACUACUAUAAUAUUUAACUUGGAAUAAAUGGAACCAGUAUUUUUAUCAUUACUUUUGUUUCUCAUUCAUUUCCCAAGGGUUUACCCUUGCACUUGGAAACGAGAGAUUCGUGUAUGAAAGAAAAACUUGUAAAUUUAUUUUAAUUCUUAAUAAUAAAAUAAUGUAAUGAAA